CAAGGCUGCACACAGGUGCGGUUCCUGAUCGGAGACCCAAAGGCGAGCAGUGGGUUUCCGGUUCCGGGAGCAACCAACGGCCGCAGAAGCAACAACUACUGUUUUGGCGGAGGUUGCGGUGGAGGAGGAAGAAGAGAGUGGACCAGGCGGGCCGCGCAAACAGGAUCCUCCCCAUGGGUCCACGGGCGUAGGGCGCAGGAAGCUGCGGGCCUAGUGUCAAGCUGGCUUCUGUUCUUCCCUGAAGCAUCAAUGGCUGAGGACUGGCGGGAUUGCCCAGCCCUGGGCCCUGGCUGGAAACGCCGUGAGUCCUUUCGCAAGUCAGGGGCCUCUUGUGGACGCUCAGACAUCUAUUAUCAGAGCCCCACAGGAGACAAGAUCCGAAGCAAAGUUGAGCUGACUCGAUACCUGGGCCCUGCAUGUGAUCUUACCCUCUUUGACUUCAGACAAGGCAUCUUGUGCUAUCCAGUUCCCAAGACUCAUCCCUCAGCUAUCCCCAGCAAAAAGAAAAAGAAACCUUCUAAAUCAGCCAAGACUAAGAAACAGCAGGUUGGGCCACAGAGGAGUGAGGUCAGGAAAGAGACUCCACGGGAUGGCAUUAAGGCUGCUACUGGCACAGCUCCAUCUUCGUUACCUGCACCUGGGUUCUGUGAGAAUUGUGGAAUCCGCUUCUCAUGGGAUGGCAUCAGAAGGAAGAGGCUCAAGACAUUGUGCAAAGACUGCCGAGCACAGAGAAUUGCCUUCAACCGAGAACAGAGAAUGUUUAAGCGAGUUGGCUGUGGAGAGUGCACAGCCUGCCUGGUGAAAGAAGACUGUGGGGAGUGUCCCACUUGCCGCCUGCAGCUGCCUGGUGAUGUGGCCUCGGGGCUCUUCUGCAAGUGUGAGCGGAGACGCUGCCUACGGAUUGUGGAGAAGAGCCGAGGGUGUGGAAUGUGUCGGGGUUGUCAGACCCAAGAGGACUGUGGCCAUUGCCGAGUCUGCCUUCGCCCUCCCCGCUCUGGUCUCAAGCGCCAGUGGAGGUGUGUGCAGCGGCGCUGUUUUUGGCACCUUGCUCAUCGCUUCCGAGGCCACCCUCACGGAUGUCAGCUGUGCCCUCCCCGGGUUGUGGUUUCCCCUGCUGGGAAGCGGGAUCGUAAAAAGAAAAGCUCAAAGGUAGCCACCCAACAUCACUCCCGAGCUCAAGCUCAGCCACUGCCUCCGCUUCCUGCAUCCCAGCACCCAGAACGUACAGAGCUGCACUUCAGCGACGUAGCGCCCACAUCACCUGCUGAGUUCAUCUAUUACUGUGUAGACGAGGACGAGCUACAGCCCGACACGAACCACCGGCAGAACCGCAAGUGCGGGGCCUGUGCAGCCUGCCUACGGCGGAUGGACUGUGGCCACUGCGACUUCUGCUGUGACAAGCCCAAAUUCGGGGGCAGCAACCAGAAGCGCCAGAAGUGUCGAUGGCGCCAGUGCCUGCAGUUUGCCAUGAAGCGGCUGCUGCCCAGUACUAGGUCAGAGUCUGAGGAGAGAGCAGGAUCGCCUCCACACUAUCGUUGUCGAAAGAGGCCUCGUUCUGCUGGACAGCGUCAUCUGAGACCUUCCUUGAAGGCGCCUUUGGCUGUGUGCACAAGCCCAGCAGGCCCUGUCAGCAAGCAGAGGAAGCAGAAAGCAGGGAGAGGCUUUGUGCUGCCUCCACCUGACACAGACCUUGUGUUUUUACGAGAGGGAACCAGCAGUCCUGUGCAGGUGCCGGGCCCUGCUGCGGCUUCCUCAGAAGCCCCGUUACAGGAGGCCCAGUGCUCUGCUUCCAGUUGGGUUAUGGCCUUACCCCAGGUGAAACAAGAGAAGACGGAUGCUGCAGAGGAGUGGACAGCCGACACAACCUUCUUGCCUUCUUCCACGGUGCAGCCUGGCUUCUCCAGGAAGGUGAUAGAUGCAGACCUUCCACCUGUGAAACAAGAGCCUCCUGGCCCUGAAGUGGGUAGAGAAGAGAACAGAGAAGAUUAUGUCUCUGAAUCAGCCCCAGCGGAGGAAAUAGGAGGGGUUGGCACACCAGUGAUCACGGAGAUUUUCAGCCUGGGUGGAACCCGCCUCCGGGAUGCAGCAGCUUGGUUGCCAAGGUCCAAGGACCUUAAAAAACCUGAAGCUAAAAUGCAGUAGACUGGAGCCUUCUGCUGACUGACUGUAGGACUGAACUUGAUGUUUGCAGACCGGCUUUAUGAGAAACAACCCUGAACUUCAGGGGCUGGGCCCCUGGUUGCAGAGCUUGUGUGUGAAUCAACCCUAGGAGAAAAACCUACAAAGCACAAUCAAGGAUCAGGCCUGCUCAGUCCUUGAAGCUUAGAGGAAGCAAGCUGGAAAGGAAGAGAAAAAGUAGAAGGCUGGUAGAACAUCUAUCUCCUCCAAGGAUCUCAAUGCAAUGAGAAGUUGGAUGUAGGGGUAGGGGAAGGAUAUAGCUGAAGCCACUACAAACAAGUCAAGCAAGCCAUCUUCAUGAUGUUUGUUGGUGGCUUCUGGAUGAGACCUGGCAGUAUGUUUGAACAUUUUCUCAGGGAAACAGCAGUUGGAAUGCUACAUGAGUAAAGGAGGAAAAGGAACUGCUAUUUGGUGAGCUCCUCCUGUGGAGCCGACUCACUUAGCCCUCACAGUAGUCCGUAGGAAUACAGUGAUAUUGUGCACUUUUGCAGGUGGGUAAGUAGACUCAGAAAAGACGAACUUCCCCAGUGUCACACAGCUAGUGUUGGUGGAGUCUAGAAACAGACCCAGGCUAUGAAAGCUGUGUUCCCGAAGCUACUAGACUGUUAGCUGUAGUCUCCUGUGCAAUAAUGUAAAUUACAGUAACAGUUUUAGUGACUUUGCAGAGAGCGCUGGAUCACUAUGAACACUAAGAUAUCCCUCACAUGUUUGCCUCUGCGGUGGUUUAGGGAAUGCCCAGGGUGUGGGGAGACAGGGUCACUCGACAGCCUUGGCUGCUGCAGAGGUUUCCUCAGUCCCUGAAGUGUGCUCUUCCCCACUGCAGGCUGACAAUGUGCUUGUGCCCAGACGCUCCCAUUUCAGGCAGAACAGUGCUUGGAAUUAAAGCUGUCAGCUUGGCUCCUCUUCUCCUGGCAGCAGUCUUCUCUCUGAUGACCUUUGUGCUUGUUUCCUGCCCUCAGCGCAAAUGUUUGUUAGGAGGCUGAAUGAAUCUAUGCACUGUGUCCUGCACCAGGGCCAGUCUUGGCUCAGCCUUACCUCACUUUCCAUCUUUAAAAUGCCAAAAAAGAUACAUGCUUUUGUUAGGUAGCCAGCUUUUCAGGGCCAGGACUGAGUGUCCUGUGUGUCCCCACUUGCUUUAGCCUAGUCCCAGCCCUGCUGCUUUAGGACCUUCAAAUGUAGACUACUCAUUUUUUAUUUUUCAAGUCACAAGACACAGCUCUCUGCCACCUUCUACUCUGCCUUUCUUUGCCUAGUUCUGUCCAGGAAUCGUAUUGCUUUUUAACCCCUAGAAUGUACCACUUGUCUCUAGUAUUCUGGUCAUUCUGACAGUGAUGUUCCAAGGGAAAUGUCUUUGAUUGACAUUUGUCUUGUGAAUGAAGAUUCUGGUUAUAAUGUGUAUUUGAGUAGGGAACAACCAAAAGAUUAGAACCACUACAACAAAGAAUAGUGUGUGUGUUUUAAGGGAGUUUGGGAAGACAUUUUACAUGAUGUAAUUUUGGGAGACAAUUUAGUAGCCUUUAAGACUGUUACUUGUAUGUAAUGCUGGAAGUUAAAGUAUUCAGGACAGGCAGUCAGAAGGGAAGGUGGAUGGACACAUGGGAGCUCAUGACCAAGAGUUGGACUUCAAGAAGAUGGCCUGGAACCCAUGUCAGUGUCCCACUGCCUCCAGUUCCAAUGAUGUUUGUAUCCUGCAGAAGAAGCUAGUGUCCUUCCUCAGAGUCAAGUAGCAUCUGGCCUAGGACUAGAGAAGCUGAAGGAAGAUCCCAGGGAAGUCAUAGCAGCUGAAGGCCUGGCUGUAGGACUUGCUGCUUCCCCGUGCGAAGGUGAGACAGCAGACUAAUGGCAGCUUGUAUGAACUGCAGCGUACCUGGUGUUCUGCACCAACCUCCCAAGUGUUAAGAACAGCCUGCGGCUGCCUCGAUGCUGCUAGCCACAAUGUGUGUCCAUGUUCUUAACUAGAAGCCUGUGGGGAAGGAUUCCAGGAAGCACAGUCUAGUCAAGGUGACAUACUAGAAAGCCACCCUACCAUGACUGAGCUUCCAGAGACCUCGCCAAUCAACCAAGGAUAACAGGACAAAACUACAUUGCUGAAAAUGUAAAGCUGAAGAUCAUGGAUUUCAUGAUGAUCCCAGCAAGUCAAGAAAUCCUGUCAAGCUCAUCCAUAGCAGUCUUGCUGGUCUCAGCUGUAUUUUGUCAUUCAUCCAAGUAUUAAAAGCUUGGCCCAUAGUUAUCACUGUACAUAAUACCGAGAUUCAGAAAUGGAAUUUUAUAAAUGCAUCAAUAUAUAUUACAAGUGAUAAAAAGAUCUCCAGUCUAUUAUGGAUGUUGAUGCUGAAAUAUAGAAUUCAGUAUACUAUGGAGAGGCCAGUCCUUUGAGUUUUCUUGUUUUGUUUUUGUCUUUUUGAGAUAGUAUAGAAGUUGGAAAUAACUUCAUCAUUUCUAAGUUCUAUUGUAAAAUUAUUUUAAAACAA